AUGACAAAUCAAAGUAAUAUUAUCCUUACUUGGCUUGAUGCAAACAUAGAAAAUGAAGAAAAUAAACAAACAUUCAAUACACUAUGUGAAAAAUUUGGUGAUUGUAUGCAAUUUUCAGAUGAAUCUAACUUUAAUAGGUUUCUUGGACGUAUCAUGAACAAUACAAGACGAAUUAUUCUUAUUGUUAGUGGACAAAUAGGCGAAAAACUAGUACCUGUUAUACAUGAACGUUCAAAUAUUCUAUCAAUCUAUGUUUAUUGUUCACGGAGAGAAUAUCAUGAACAAUGGUCUCAAGGAUUUUCAAAAACCAAAGUCGUUACUGAAAUAAAUGAUCUUUUUUCAAAAAUUCAAUCAGAUUAUAACUCUUAUGAACAAUAA